ACCUAGGUCACUUCCGGGCGUCAGUGUUAUUUCCCAGCCUAAGCUUGCUUUGGGAGACAGCACAGUUUACCAAAAUGUUACGCGUGGUAAGCUGGAACAUCAAUGGGAUCCGGAGUCCCCUGCAAGGGCCUGCAUGCCAGGAAACCAGCAACUGUACCGCGACUUUGCGACACAUUUUGGACAAGCUGGAUGCUGAUAUAGUCUGUCUCCAGGAGACCAAAGUGACCAGAGAUGUACUGACAGAGCCCCUGGCUAUUGUUGAGGGUUAUAACUCCUAUUUCAGCUUCAGCCGCAGCCGCAGUGGUUAUUCUGGUGUGUCUACCUUUUGUAAGGACAGUGUUACUCCAGUGGCUGCUGAAGAAGGCCUGAGUGGUGUAUUUGCCACCCUGAAUGGGAGUAUUGGUUGCUAUGGAAACAUGGAUGAGUUCACCCAAGAAGAACUCCGGGUUCUUGAUAGUGAGGGCCGGGCCCUCCUUACACAGCACAAGAUCUGCACACUGGAAGGGAAGGAGAAGACAUUGACCCUAAUCAAUGUGUACUGCCCGCAUGCGGAUCCUGGGAAACCUGAGCGGCUGACCUUUAAGAUGCGUUUCUGUCGCCUGCUGCAGAUUCGAGCAGAAGCACUCCUGGCUGCUGGCAGUCAUGUUAUAAUCUUGGGGGACCUGAAUAUAGCCCACCGACGCAUUGAUCAUUGCGAUGCAGGCAGUCUGGAGUGCUUUGAAGAGGACCCCGGACGUAAGUGGAUGGAUGGCUUGCUCAGUGACCCAGGGACUGAGGCUGGAUCCCACAUAGGGCUUUUUAUGGAUAGCUACCGCUGCUUCCAUCCAAAACAGGCGAGGGCUUUCACCUGCUGGUCAGUGGUCAGUGGUGCACGCCAUCUUAACUAUGGUUCCCGACUUGACUAUAUACUGGGAGAUAGGACUUUGGUUACAGAUACCUUCCAGACCUCCUUCCUACUCCCGGAAGUGAUGGGCUCUGAUCACUGCCCUGUGGGAGCUGUCUUGAAUGUAUCGUGUGUGCCAGCAAAACAGUGUCCAGCUCUGUGCACCCGCUUCCUCCCUGAGUUUGCUGGUACCCAGCUCAAGAUUCUUCGCUUCCUCGUUCCUCUUGAACAAGAACCUGUACAGGUGCAGCCAGUACUACAGCCCAGCCAUCAAAUGCAGGCACAGAAACAGCCAGGCAAAGCCCGUAUGCACUCAACCAGGAUUCGGAAAAGUCAAGGUGGCUCCAAAAGAAGCCAGAAAAACCUGAUGAGUUACUUCCAGCCUUCCUCUAACCUUCCCCAAACUUCUGUUGUGGACCUGCCUCCGGUGGGUACUCUUACAACCUCAAGGGCUCCAGAAGAGGUGGCAACGGCCACGGUGAUAGAAGAAAAGAUCAAGGUUCCAGAGGCAAAAGAUGAGAAGGAAGUAAGGACCUCCUUCUGGAAGUCUGUGCUCAGUGGGCCCUCACCCAUGCCCCUCUGUGGAGGCCACAGGGAGCCAUGUGUGAUGCGCACUGUGAAAAAAGCAGGGCCCAACUUGGGUCGCCAAUUCUACAUGUGUGCUAGACCACGAGGUCCUCCCAGUGACCCCUCCUCCCGCUGUAACUUCUUCCUCUGGAGCAGGCCCAGCUGAACAAACUGAGGCUUAGGGAUGUCUAGCACGGUCACCUGCUGCACGGGGUCUGAUGCCAGGUCCCUGCUUCUGAAGCUGCCUUUUUCCCAAGGCUUCCUUUCUUUCUCUGCUUUCUCUUCUCUCAUUUUCCUCCCUUCCCUCCCUUCUUCCUCUAAUGCCUCCUCCUUCUCACAUCUCUAUUUCUUCUUCUUUGUACACCUAGGACCAGGGAACUAAUUUAAACCCCUUCAGCCCUUGGUGGACACUUAAUUCGUUCAUAAAUAAAGCUCAUGUUUUUUUUUUUUUUUUUUUUUUUUAAGUGUACCGUGUUGAGUGGAUAUUUUAAGCAUACCCUAGAAAGUGGAGGCAGUGCUAGGCUUCCUGGCCUCCUGUAGAUGAGUGAGAUACUGCCAAGGCAGCAUUGUAUAGUGAGGAGCUGUGCUCACCAUGAAGGGGUAUGGUGAGCUCCUGAGAUUAUCUGCAGCUCUGAGGUUGAAUCAGUGAGGAAGGUGGAUGUGGUGUGGGUUGUAUAUACUUCAACAAGAGCUUCCCAAUUAGUGUGUUCUUCAGCUGAAACAAAUGAAUCACCAGAGAGAAAGAAGGGAUGUUUCAGCCCUUAGAUUUCCAGGGCCUGAAAUACCGUAAGUCUCAGGGAAGAUAACCACCUUGAACAGUAGAGUUGUUAGUUCCCUGCUGGGAGCCUUGCUGUAAAGACAUUGAAUACUAUAGCCAAGCUUCCUCCUUCACCUUGAGGAAGGAUAGUAAAUCCUGUAAAAAUGAUAUUGGAGGAGAAAAAGGGACAUGCAUUCCUCAUUCUGGAAGAUUACUGGUUUGUGGAAAGCCAUUAAUCCUGAAGAACAGUCAGUCUUUAGUUGAGACCCACUGUAUCUUCUGACUUCGGAGGCUACUUGGGGCUUAGCUUUGCAGAUCUCCCUGUGAAGAUAAAGCUCUAUAUUUUUGUUGAAACUAUUGAAAAAGCCACUUUAGGUUUAUCUGAGGGGUUUAGUUCCUUAUACAGCUUCUAAUAAAGUUUAUGGGCAUUUCUUUCCUCUUCCUAAAUCAGGCUUUUCCUAUCAGUAAAACAGAGUGGUCAGACCAACAAGCAAUAUGUGGGCUAAGACUUACUGUCUGAGUGAGUCAGUAUAGUACAGUUGUUUGCUUUCUGUCCACCAAAUGACUGAAUGGUUCAUUUAGGUUGCUUUUUAUUUUUAGAAUCAAGUCAGCUAGAAGCACACAACAAAGCAGAGAGCAGGAAGAAGCCCAGCCUAGGUGGAAUGCAGGUGGGGUGGGCAUCCAAGGCAGCUGGCUUCUUAGGCAUAGGUGGUGACGUAUUGGGGCCCCAUGUUCCCAAAGUAGGAUCUCUCCCACUCACUCAUAAGCUCAAAGUGCACAGGACGAUGACAGAAGUUGCAUGCAGCCACAGACACAUCUUGGAGGGGCAGCCCCACCUCAGUCCAGGCGAGAAGCAACUUCUCUGAAAGGGGAGAAGAGAAGAGGGAAAGAAUUAGUUAGAUUUAGCCUUUUAAAACCCAUGUUGCUACAGGUUGCACCAAGAGCUUGACUCCCUCAAUCCAUUGAGGUAACAUGGGUCCAGAAGUAGAUUGAUUUGUCUACUUCAGCGUGAUCCAUGAUUGCUACCAUUUAUGGGUCCUGAGAUGUAUAAAGCACAGAAAAUCACACCAUUGACAAGGUUUAAAACCAUGUGCUAGUCUGUACUACUACCUACAUAAAGGUCAUGUGGAGGCCUAACAGUGAAUCUCUCUGCUCAGAAAAUCCUAACCUGGUAAAGAUGACACUAAAAGUAAUCAUACUGUGAUAUCACCUUUGUGAGACAAGGUAGGGGGCGCAUUCCUGGGGUGUGUAGGAACCCAGAGGAGGGAAUAUGACCCAACUGUAAAAAGUACUUAAGGUGUGUUGCUGGUCUUGUUUUUAAUCCCUUUAGCCCUGUUUCUGCCUAUCCCUUCCUGGUGUGGUCAGGCCUUGUGUUCUUAAUACCAUCUGUGUGCUGAUGAAUCUGAAUCUUUUGCUUCCAGCUUCCCCAGAACUCAGCCUCAUUUUUUUCAGACUUGUGUAUUCAGUAGCAUUACUGUGGCUAUGCUUGGCUGCCUAAUGCCUAUGUCUAACAACAUGGACACAACUGAACUGUUCGCCUCUGUCCUCCACUAAGCCCAAUCUGCUCAUUUCUUCUGCUACUUACCUAUAUCACUCCAUCCACAUCCAUCUUUUGUUCCCCUGAUAUAAAAGCAAUAUUUUUGUCUUUGGGUCUUUGCCUUAGACUCUGUGCUAUCUAUUAGAUGUUUCCCCGCUAAUGUCUUUGUGUCCUUCAAAUCUCUCCAGUGUUAACUCAAUGUUUUCUACCCCUGCCACUCCAGGUCUACAACCCUUUAAGACAGUGCAUGCCUGCAGCAAUUCGUGUCCCCCUUUUCUGCUUUAUGUUUUCCUUUAACACUUUGAACUAGAAUGCUAAUUUAUUUGUUUAUUUUUUUAAGUUGAUUGUCCCUAUCUACUAGAAUUAAGCUACAGAAGGGUAGGGUUUUGUGUCUUGUGUAUUCUUAGGUCUCUAGCACAGUGUUUAGCCCAUAGUAAGAACACAAUGUUCACGUACUGAAAGAAUAACUUAGGACUAGAAGAGGAAGGAAAAUAAACAAGAGAAAUAAUGGGUGACUGAGUCAAGAGAGCAAAGCAUAAUGGAAGAACUGGAAUUCAUUGGACAUACUUAGAGAAAUAAAGUGCAUUUGGCAGAAGAGGAAAGGCCAGGCCAGGACAGCAUGAACAACACUGCAUGCCAUACCAGGGAGCUUCAACUUUGUUCUAUAAUCUAGGGAUUUCUCCAAAUUUGGAACUAAACGUCCUUUUAGUUGGUUUAACAUGGACCUCCAGCAUGUAUUUAUCUCUGUAUUACAUGUAUUUGUCAUUGCCAUUUUGCAUAUUAAACUGAUGUAUUUUCUCAG